AUGUACUUACCGAAGAGGGAAAGAAGGAUGAUUAAAAAAAUAAUUUGUGUUGUUUCUGCAUAUUGGUUUAUUUCCAUUUCCUUGGUAUUUAUAAACAAAUGGUUAUUGAGUGAUAAGUCUGUAUCGCUAAAUGCACCGAUAUUUAUAACUUGGUUUCAAUGUGCAGUUACAGCAUUUCUAUGUUAUUUAACAUCGUAUCUAGCUAUGCUGUUACCUAGUCAUGUGAAGUUUCCACAGUUGAACUUUUCUUUUAAAACGUCGAUUGAAAUCUUGCCACUGUCUAUAAUAUUUGUUUCAAUGGUCUGCUUUAACAACCUAUGCUUGAAGUACUUGAGUGUUUCGUUUUAUUUUUUAGCACGAUCACUAACUACAAUCUUCAACGUUAUAUUUACUUAUUUACUGCUAAAUACGAAAACUUCAACAAAGGCAUUGAUUUGUUGUGCUGCCAUAAUUGUUGGAUAUUGUGCUGGAGUAAUUGUUGAGGGUAAUUUAGGUUCUUUAAGUUGGAUUGGAUUAGUGUUUGGUAUUGCAUCUAGCAUUACUUGUGCAUUAAAUUCUAUCUACACAGCAAAGUGUUUACCAAAAGUGGAAGGCAGUGUAUGGAGACUUACAUUUUACAAUAAUCUUAAUUCACUUUUUUUAUCAAUCCCUAUUAUUGGCUUAUUGGAAUAUCAACCAAUUAAGGAAUAUUUUUUUCAUACUAGUGCUUAUUUCUGGUUUAUUAUGGUAAUUAGUGGAAUAUUUGGAUUUGCUAUUGGUUACAUCAGUACACUACAAAUUCAAGUGACCAGUCCAUUAACUCAUAAUGUUUCUGGUACUGCUAAGGCAGCUGCACAGACAGUACUAGCUGUGAUAAUUUAUCACGAAAUCAAAUCAGUUUCAUGGUGGCUUAGUAAUAUUGUUGUUUUAGGCGGAUCAGCAGUUUAUGCAGCUGUUCGACAUAUAGAACAUGAACAAAAAUCUAAAGGAUCAAUGAAUUUUAAUCGAAAUGAUAAUUAUUUUACUAGUGUGGUUGUUGUUGGUAGUGAUGAUAAAGAUGUUGAUGAUGCCAAACAUGGUCUUCUCAAUUUUGUGAAUAAUGACAAUCGUAAUGAUGAAGAUGAUUUAUAUGAUAAGAACCGUGUAUUAUCUUCAUCUAAAGAUUCAUUAGUUUCAUAA